GUCCUAAAACGCAAGGGUCACUCCAGUCGUCCCCCUUUCUGCAACCACACACCGGCUCGACGUCGCCCGUUGACACCUGCAGUCCGCCCGAGCGAGAAGGCUGCAAAGCAGAGAAUACCAGCAAAUAGCAAUUGUUCGCCAGGGCCACACCUGCAGCACGCCGGCAAGAUGGACGACCGGGGCAACCGACUGUACCUCAACUUUGGGAGUAACAACGAGCGACUGGCCGCCACCGACCGCACAUAUCCCACCACGCCCUCGACCUUCCCCCAACCCGUCUUCCAAGGCGGCCAGGCCGCAUCACAGGGUGGUGCGCAGCCGCCUCAGUCCUACCAGCAAGGAGGCCAAGCGCCUGCCGGAUACUUCCAGCAGGCUGGUAGCAACAACCAGUACGGCGCCCAGUACUCCUCGCAGCUCGGUGCUCAGGCUGCCGACUACGGCUCUGCUGGCCAGGGCUAUGGCCAGGCCCGGUCGACGACACCCGGCGCCAACAAUGACCCCAACACGGGGCUCGCCCACCAAUUCUCCCACCAGAACCUAGGGGGCGCCGGUCGGGCAUCCCCCUAUGCCGCUCGUGGCCCGUCUUCGAGUCAGCGACCCAGGACGGCCGAUUCGCGGGGCCAGCAGCCUGGAUACGGGAGUUACGCAAAUGCGCCGCCGAUGCCGACUCAACCCGCCCAACUCGACUACUUUGCUCUGGCCCCCGAGCGGAACCCCGACAAGUACGGCCCGAACGCCAACAACAACCAAAAGAAGUGCUCGCAGCUCGCCUCGGAUUUCUUUAAGGACAGUGUCAAGAGGGCUCGCGAGCGCAACCAGAGGCAAAGCGAGAUGGAACAGAAGCUGGCCGAAACCACCGACCCUCGCCGCCGGGAAUCGAUCUGGGCUACCGGAGGGCGUAGGGAGGGUUCCUACCUGCGCUUCUUGCGAACCAAGGAUAAGCCCGAGAACUACAACACCAUCAAGAUCAUCGGAAAGGGCGCCUUCGGUGAAGUCAAGCUGGUGCAGAAGAAGGCCGACGGGAAAGUCUACGCUAUGAAGUCGUUGAUCAAGACAGAGAUGUUCAAGAAGGACCAGCUCGCCCACGUUCGCGCAGAGCGUGAUAUUCUUGCCGAGUCCGACAGCCCCUGGGUCGUCAAGCUUUUCACUACUUUCCAGGACACCAACUUCCUUUACAUGCUGAUGGAGUUCUUGCCCGGCGGAGAUUUGAUGACCAUGUUGAUCAAAUACGAGAUCUUUUCGGAGGACAUCACCCGGUUCUAUAUCGCCGAGAUCGUCUUGGCCAUCGACGCUGUUCAUAAGCUGGGCUUCAUUCACAGAGAUAUCAAGCCAGACAACAUCCUUCUCGACCGAGGUGGUCACGUCAAGCUAACGGAUUUUGGCCUCUCGACCGGUUUCCACAAACUCCACGACAACAACUACUACCAGCAGCUCCUCCAGGGCAAAUCGAACAAGCCGCGUGAUAACCGCAACUCGAUCGCCAUCGACCAGAUCAACCUGACAGUCAGCAACCGGUCCCAGAUAAACGACUGGAGGCGGUCGAGGCGACUGAUGGCGUACUCGACCGUUGGCACCCCCGACUACAUCGCACCUGAGAUCUUCACUGGGCACGGGUACUCGUUCGACUGCGAUUGGUGGUCGCUCGGCACCAUCAUGUUUGAGUGCUUGGUUGGCUGGCCGCCAUUCUGCGCCGAGGACAGCCACGACACGUACCGCAAGAUCGUCAACUGGAGGCAAUCACUCUACUUCCCCGACGACAUCCAACUCGGCGUGGAAGCGGAGAACCUGAUCCGGAGCCUGAUCUGCAACUCGGAGAACCGGCUCGGCCGGGGCGGGGCGCACGAGAUCAAGAGCCACUCCUUCUUCCGGGGCGUCGAGUUCGACAGCCUGCGGCGGAUCCGGGCGCCGUUCGAGCCGCGCCUGACGUCCAACAUCGACACGACCUACUUCCCGACCGACGAGAUCGACCAGACGGACAACGCCACCGUGCUCAAGGCCGCCCAGGCCCGCAGCGCCGCCGCCGGCGCCCCGCCGGGCCAGCAGGAGGAGAGCCCCGAGAUGAGCCUGCCCUUCAUCGGCUACACCUUCAAGCGGUUCGAUAACAACUUCCGGUGAUUUUUCUCCUCUGCCUGCCGAGCGAGAUGGGGUGAAAAGAUGGGCUUGGUUGGAUGUGAAGCUGGGGUUUGGCUUGAUGGGUGGACUGCACUGGUUGUCACGCGCAGUAGGUGUUGGGUUGCCCCUGGGGCGACGUUCCGUAGCGGUGGUAACUUGGCUGGAUUUUCCGUCUGCUUCGGUUCCUUCCGAAAAUUUGUUGCGUUGGUCGGUGGGGGGGGUAUGAGCAUGGCAUAGUCGAUUAGUCACGGUCUAGGG